CACUCACAGCUUGCAGGGGAUGAUGAAGCUCCUCCUCGUCACUGCUCACCUGUCCCCUGAAACCGAACAUUUGAAGCAGCUAGCCCCUCUGCUAAACCGCUCUGACCUGCAGGUUGACUCGUUGCUAUGGUAACGCGGAAGUGGUCGGUAAAACCGGCAGCAACAGAAGAAGACUUCGCAAGUAAACUCUUUGCAUUAUGACGUCACGCCAGGUGAGUUAUAAGAUGUAAAUAUUUGCGGGAAGACCGUUUUCGAUUCAGCUAUUACGACAGUGAACUCCAUAGACCACAAUCCACCGCAAUGAGGUUCUAGCCAAUAGGAGGCAAGGCUGACGGCUCGACCAAUUAGAGAGCGGCGGGAGCUUUGAAACUCCAGGCAGGAAACAGUCGGAGGACGGUUGGAGCUCCGCUGCGGUUUCUGUGUUUUAACCGAGACUUUGGGACACAUUCGGGCACCGAGAGGACCCGGACCGGGACACCGAGACACCCGCAACGACCCGACACAGACCCGGGACACCGAGAGGGGGGACAACAUGGCGGAUUUAGCCGCGAACGGCCACUAUGAGCGUCUGACCGCCGAGCAGAUGGACGAACAGAGGAUCCAGAAUGUGGCCUAUCAGUACCUGUGCAGGCUGGAGGAGGCCAAGAGGUGGAUGGAGGCAUGUCUGGGGGAGGAGCUUCCUGCUCCCACAGAGCUGGAGGAGGCGCUGAGGAACGGCGUUAUUCUCGCCAAACUGGGUCAUCGCUUCGCUCCGAGCACUGUUCCUCAGAAGAAGAUCUAUGACCCGGAGCAGCUGCGAUACCAGGCUGUCGGUCUUCAGUUCCGCCACACUGACAACAUCAACCACUGGAGAAACGCCAUGACGGCACUUGGGCUGCCGGCGAUCUUCCAUCCUGAAACGACCGACGUGUACGACAAGAAGAACAUGCCGAGAGCGGUGUACUGCAUCCACGCACUCAGCCUGUACCUGUACAGACUCGGUUUGGCCCCACAGAUUCACGACCUGUAUGGAAAGGUCAAGUUCACAGAGGAAGAGAUCAACAACAUGAAGCUGGAGCUCGACAAAUACGGGAUCCAGAUGCCCGCCUUCAACAAGAUCGGAGGAAUCCUGGCCAAUGAGCUGUCAGUGGACGAGGCUGCAGUCCACGCGGCGGUGGUAGCCAUUAAUGAGGCCGUGGACCAAGGGGAUGUGGGUGUGACGGCGGUGGCUCUGAGGAACCCCGCUGCUCUCCUCACUGACCUGCAGGAGGCGUUGAUGAGCGUCUACCAGGAGAUUCUGCAACGAGCGAGGAGGAGGAAGGCUGAACGGGCCGCCGGCGGGGCUGUGGCAGAGGACAAAGACAUGUACGAGGAGUAUCUGACUCAGAGGGAGAUCCAGGACCACAUCAGUGCCGUCAAUGUGCGGGCAGCGGUGGAGCAGGUCGACGAGGCUCUGGAUGUCGCCAACGAGCUUGCUUUGCUGUCGGCACUCCAGCUGCCGUGUUUGGCCCUCAGGGGCCUCCGUACUGACAAUGGGCCCUGGUACCUGGAUCAGCUGACCGCAGACCGCCAGCAGAAGGCCCAGAAUCAGGGCUCUGUGGAUCCUCUGGAGCAUGAAGAGCUGCAGGAAGGCGUCACCGCUGCCAACCAGGAAGCUCAGAGCACGCGAAACAUGGUGGCGGCCCUCCAGAGCGUUAAUGCGGCAUUGCGUGGAAAUGACCCCAGACGCACAGUCAGCUGCCUGAUGACCUCUGACCUCCAGCUGCCUGAAGUGUUUCCGUUUGCGGCGACAUUUUAUCACCGAGAGCUGCAGCUGCUGCAGAGGCAGACGGCACAGGGAGAACUGCAGGAGGAGGAGCUCUUUGUUGCCGUGGAGAUGCUGUCAGCCGUUGUUCUCAUCAAUCAGGGUCUGGAGGCGGGACACCUACAGCAGUUCAGCUCCUCAUUGGUCAGUUCGUCUGCAGGGCUCUCCGAUGUAGAGCCCGCCCUGCUCGACAGGUACUUUGAGACUCUGGCUGGUGUGAAACAACAGGUGGGCCGAGACCUGCUUACCUGGAACCAGCUGCAGGAAGGAAUCGCCGCUGUGAACGGCUCGGCGCAGGACGAACAACAGCAGCUCCUGGCUGUCAGCCUAAUAAACAAGGCCGUGAUGAGCGGAGACCCUCAGCGGCUUAUCUCCGCCCUGUUGCUGCCCUCCUGUGGCGUGGACGAGGUUUCACCUGCCAAUGCCUGCAAGUACCUGACCCUGCUGAGCCAAGCCAGGCAGAUCAAAGCUCAGGUGAGCAGAGACCCGGGAGCCGAGCUGUGGUUGGCUGAUAUCCAGGAGGCCGUGAGGAUGGCCAAUCAGCAGAGUCAGAGAGCUCUGAAGUUGUGUCUGUCCGUUGCCGCGGUGAAUCAGGCCGUAAAGGAGAACAGGGCGAAGCAGACGCUGCGGGUGCUGUCUCUGCCGGAGGCGGAGCUUCACGGAGUUCUACCUGACUGUGCUGCAGAAUAUCAGAGAGAGCUGAGCGCCCUGAUGGCACGCCGCACACGCACAGGAGAUAACCGCAGUCAGUGGGUUCGAGUCCGCCUGCAGGACGGCUCCGUUCAUUUCUUCCACCUGAGCAGACUGGAGGGCAGCUGGGAGCGGCCCCCCGGCUUCGUGCACAACAGCGUCUUCUUGGAUCGCCACGACAUACAGGAAGUGGUCAGCAGCGUUUCGGCCCAGUACAGUCGCGGCGUGCUGUGGCGGAACAGCGAGGCCCUCGUCGUUCGCCUGCAGGCGCUCUGUCGAGGCUUCCUGAUCAGAUGGCGGAUGACGGCACGACGUCACUUCCUGAUGAAUCAGACGGCCGCUGUCGUUGUCAUCCAGUCUCACUGGAGGAGGUUCGUCGAGCAGAGGGUCUACAGACGGCGCCUGCAGUUCCUCUACAUGAACUGGAGAGCUGUCGUCAAGAUCCAGGCGUUUGCGAGGAUGUGGUUGGCGAGGAGACGAUAUUGCGCUCGGCUGAGUUUCUUCAGACGUAACGUGGGCGCCGUCGUAAAGAUCCAGGCCUUCUUCAGAGCUAACCGAGCUCGCGAGCAGUACAGGAUGCUUGUGCACUCGGCCACUCCCCCUCUAUCUGUGGUCAGGAAGUUCGUUCACCUCCUCGACCUCGGGGAUGGUGACAUCAGAGAGGAGGCGGAGCUGCUGCGUCUGAGGGAGGAGGUGGUGAGAAGCAUUCGCUUCAACCGACAGCUGGAGGCCGACCUGGACCUGAUGGACCUGAAGAUCGGGCUGCUNNAACAAAGCGCCGUCUGUGAACAGGAAGUGGUGUCUCACUGUAAGAAACUAACGAAGAAGAACAAGGAGCAGCUGUCAGACAUGAUGGAUGUGGAGAGGAGUAAAGGCCUGAAGGCUCUGAGCCGAGACAGGAGGGAGAGACUGGAGGCCUACCAGCACCUCUUCUACCUGCUGCAGACACAGCCCCUGUACCUGGCUCAGCUGAUCUUCCUGAUGCCUCAGAGUCGCUCCACCUCCUUCAUGGAGAUGGUGGUGUUCAGUCUGUUUAACUAUGGCUCCGACCGCCGCGAGGCCUUUCUGCUGCUGCAGCUCUUCACAGAAGCGCUCCGCUAUGAGAUCAGGCUGAAGGUGGAGCAGCCCCAGGACGUGAUCACAGGAAACCCCACCGUCAUCAGGAUGUUGGUAAACUUCUACCGCCAUGCUCGUGGUCAAAACGCCCUGCGCGAGGUGCUGGGUCCAGCUCUACAGGACGUCCUGCAGGACCGCACGCUCAGCAUCAGGACCGACCCCGUGGACGUCUACAAGACCUGGAUCAACCAGACCGAGACGCAGACCGGACACAAGAGCUCGCUGCCCUAUGAGGUUUCUCCCGAAGACGCUCUGGCUCAGCCUGAAGUCCAGAGACGCAUCGACAUCUCCAUCAUCAACCUGAAGAACCUGACGGACAGAGUCCUCAAAGCCAUCACCACCAGCCUCCACAAGCUGCCGUAUGGUCUGCGUUACACCGCCAAGGUCCUCAGAGACGCCCUGAAGGCAAAGUUUCCUGAAGCCGGUGAGGACGAGCUCUACAAGAUCGUCGGUAACCUGGUCUACUACCGCUACAUGAACCCGGCCAUCGUGGCCCCGGACGGCUUCGACGUGGUGGACCGUUCGGCCGGCUCUGCUCUGCAGCCCGAACAGCGCCACAUCUUGGGCUCCAUUGCCCGCGUGUUGCAGCAUGCCGCUGCCAACAAACACUUCCAUGGAGGUGGCUACCACAUCAGAGCCCUGAACCAGUACAUCAGCCAGACCCACAGCAGGUUCAGGAGGUUCCUGCAGUCCGUCUGCGACGUUCCUGAACCGGAGGACAGAUUCAGCAUGGAUGAGUACUCGGAGCUGCUGAUCGUGAACAGACCCGUGAUCUACAUCUCUGUGAGCGAGCUGCUCAACACACACAAGCUGCUGCUGGAGCAUCAGGAGGUUUUGUGCCCGGACCCCUCAGACCCCCUCGGCCUGAUUCUGAAGGAUCUCGGUCCGGUUCCCGGCCUGCAGGAACUCAUCGGUGAGUCCGCGGCUGAUCCAGGAUCAGACUCUCAGAGUAGCAAGAUGGAGGUCUCUCUGACCCUGACCAACAAGUUUGACAUCUUCGACGACGCCAACAACACACCGGACGCCAGAGGACUUCUGCUCAGCACCAAGCAGCUGAUCAUCGAUGUCAUCAGGACGCAGUCAGGUGACUCUCUGCGUGACAUCCUGAGGACGACACCGUCACGCGACCAGGAAGUGUGUCACGAUUGGCUGAUGCAGCGCCGCGCCCAGCAGGAUGCUCGGACUCCUGAGAAGAUGAAGCGGAACCAGUCGCUGGUCGCCAAUGGCAACCUGAGCCUGGAGGAGAAGAAGAGGAAGAUCCUGAGGAGUCUUCGUCGUCUGGAGGGACUCGGCACCCUGAAACCGCCAGACAUCGAGAACCAGAUCCUGCAGAUGAUCGCCAAGGACAUCCGUCAGCAACGUCUCCACCGCCAGCGCCGAGGGGCGGAGCUCCUGAAGCUCCAUCAGACUCUCAGCAGCCUACAGGCUAAGAGCAGCUUCCACAGUGAGCAGGUGGACUAUUACAGGCAUUACAUCACUUCCUGUCUGGACAACCUCACCGCCAGCAAAUCGACCAAUCAGAAGGCAGCAGACGGCAAAGGGAGGAACAAGCUUCCUGCUCUGAGCUACAGCGCCACCCGGCUGCAUGAGAAGGGCGUUCUGCUGGCGAUCGAAGACCUGCCAGUCACGCAGUUUAAGAACGUCAUGUUUGAGAUUGCUGCCGGGCCUGAGAGAGGAAGUUUCAAAGUAAAAGCUCGAUUCCUCGGCGUGGAGAUGGAGGAGUUCCUGCUUAAAUACCAGGACCUGCUGCAGCUGCAGUAUGAGGGCGUGGCUGUGAUGAAGAUGUUCAGUAAGGCCAAAGUCAAUGUGAACCUCCUCAUCUUCCUCCUCAACAAGAAGUUCUUCAAGAAGUGAGAGGAGCGGCACUCAUACUCGGCUUCUGCGGCAAGGCCUCGUCCCACACUCCUGUCUAUAAACAGGAAACUGAACGGCGUUUUAUACCAAAUGAUCAGGAUGAAUCUCACUAAAUUUGACUGACUUUAUAUCUCGCUCAGUGGGAUGUCUUCAUACACUCCUGUCUGUGCUGUAAUCACUGAGUUAGUGCUCUGUCUGCAGCGCUGUCUUUGUUUUUAUGUCUGUAAAAUUUAACUAAAGUGAUUCUUUUUUAUUUCACGUGAUAUUUUUUAUGCAUGUUUAUAUGAUACUAAUCAAACAGAGGGAGUCGUCUGUCUCCCUCUCUAACACUUUAAUGGGACAUCCUCUCGCUACACCUGUUUUAAUAUCUCACUACAGUAUUUGGAUGUGGUGCAGAGUGAGGCAUCUUACCUCAGUGUCUCUCUUUGUAUGGGAACGUGUUUCAGUUUAAUUUGGAGGAGUGACACAUCAGUGUUUUUAUCCUAUCUUGGUUUGUUUCUCAGGAUUCAAACCACACUAAGCUGUCUUACUUUUGAAAGGUUUGACCCUUUCAGGAUUCCGUAGUGGCGCAUUGGUCACUGAUGUCUGGUUGUAAUGUUUAGCUGCACUGAGCUGUGACCAAUCAAUACCAGCUGAUCAAUGCCUGUAAAUAUUUCCUGUCAUUUCCUUUUUCUUUUGUCUUUGCUACAAUAAAUAAACAUGAACAUUU